AUGCAGGUUUGCGGAAAGCAGAUCGAGCCUGCGCACCUCACUGCCAUCAUCGAAUACUUCAAGCUCGCCAGUGCCUCGGGUACCCCGACGACCGAGAAGGCAUUCCGCGCAUAUUGGGACUACUUCAAGAAGAGCGAACUGAUGAAAGGCCACCCGAUGGCUGGAAUCCCUUCGCCUUAUAACCUUGAGACUGGCCAUAGCCAUGACCCCAACUCUGCGGGUCUUGUAACCUUGCUCCAAGGUUACAAGUCCUACGAGGACUUUGUUGGGCAGGCCCCAGUCGCCAAUGAACACGUUGACGGUGGUCUCAACGCCCCGAAGGGCGAGAUCGCAGGAGCCAGUCCGGUACAAGGCAUCGAGCAGACACUUGGCUUCCCGGCUGAGCGAACUUGA